GCACAUUGCUGCCCUGCACAUGUUAUGUUGUUAUCUUUGGCCAGAGCUUAGAGGGUUGAGGAGAUGCUCAACGCACCUGGGAGCACUGGCGACAUAUCGCUUCUUGUCCAGAGAAGUGAACAAAGGCUACCUUCCCGGGUAAACCUUCAGGAACAUCGGUGCCAAUCUCAAGGUCUUGAGUUUGCUGCCAGCUUAAUUGUUCCAAUCUGUGCAACUGUUCCCUAUUGGACUACCUCUCGGAGGAGAAGCCUACUGAGAGAAGCAAAAAGGGCUGGUUUAUUCAGAACAGCAUGUUCUGCAGGAACCAAUUCUGCAACUUCAAAGAGGCUUGGUUAUUCGCAGCUUCAUGAUGAAGACGAGGAUGAGGGCCCAGCUACUACCGUUCUGGAUUUCAGCAACACAGAAGAGCGCCUCAAAAACAUCAAGGAUGUUACCCGCACGCCCGUAACUCUUCUCAGCGGCUUUCUUGGAUCAGGCAAAACUUCCUUGUUGAAACACAUCCUGGAGAAUCAGGAGGGUGUGCGGCUGGGAGUUGUUGUGAAUGAUGUAGCAGCUGUCAACAUCGACGCCCAGUUGAUCCAAAGGUAUGAACGCAGUGGUACAAUCGAAAUUGCGGAGCUUGCAAAUGGCUGUGUUUGCUGCACCGCAUCAGAUGAUUUGGUCGCCUCAGUCCAAGAGCUGGUGAACAGAGCUUACACAAGGCCUUUUCACCAUGUCGUUAUUGAACUCAGUGGAGUCGGCGAGCCAGAUGCCAUCAAGCGACACUGGGACAUUGGAGUCGAAGUGGGAAUGCCAGCGACCCUCAUGACGGAAAUCAAGCGCACGAUUGCCGUCGUGGAUUCGAGCUUGUUCGGCAAUGACUGGAUCGACAGCCGCAAGGCAACCGCGAGAAACGAAGAGGGGUCACAGCAUUCCGGUCUGGAAACCGUGGGUCAGUUGCUGGCAGAACAGGUUGAAAGAGCGGAUCUGGUACUGAUGAACAAGACCGACCUGGCCACCAAAGAAGAACUGAAGACGACAGAGGAGGUUCUGAAGGCAUUGAAUCCAGACGCCGAAUUGAUUCGAUGCACAUACGGCAAGGUCAGUCCGAUAGAGCUUCUUCCAGAGAUUCCUCACGGACUCAAAUAUCCCGAAUUUGGCAAAGGAAGGAACUUUCGCUGGGCUCAAAAUCCUCAUGUUCUGCAGAUCCGCGUCAAGGUGCCCGCUUCUACGAAGUCCAAAGACAUCAACUUCGACAUUGGCCGCACCUGGUUGCAGAUUUGGGUCAAGGGCGAACCUGUGCCUAGACUCCAAGGGAAGCUCUUUGGACGCUUGAAGGGCAUUGAGGAAUGGCUUUGGGAGUUGGAUGGAGAAGGUGAUGAUCGGCAUGUUGCAGUUUUUCUGGAGAAGACAGAAGAGGGCAUGUGGGAAGACCUUUGGGAGAAACAGUGCCCAGGUCAGCCAUUGACAGAACAUGAACCUGCUGCUGCAGAAGCUGAAGCUGCAGAGGCUGCAGAAGCUGCAGCUGACGCAGGUGCAAUUUCCUGCACCCCCUGCGCUCCAAGUAUUUUCCAAAGGUCCAGACGCAACAAAGCAGCAAGCAGAAGAUUUGGUAUCAGAACUUUCACCUACGAACGUCGAAGGCCUUUCAAUGCUGUGCGACUGCAAAGGCUCAUUGAAGAGUGGCCGUUGCCCAAAAAAAACAAGAAGACUUUCAGCCUCACAGACUUGGAGUCUAGCACAGAGGCAGAGGCAUCUGACAUCAGAGCUGCAUUUAAGCCGAUUCUCCGCUCCAAAGGAUUCUGCUGGGUGGACUCGGAGCCCUUUCGUGUGAACGAAUGGUCGCACGCUGGCAGAUCGCUGUCUGUUUUGCCUGAGGAUUGGUGGUGGUCUGUCCUGAAACCUGACCAGCUGAAUUUUCAGAUUUGUUAUCCUGGUGCAAAAGGUAACUUUGAAAGGGUUCGUCGCGACAAGUGGCAGGAACCUUGGGGCGAUAGAAGACAAGAGAUCGUCUUCAUCGGUGGUCCAUGCAUGCGAGAACGCGACAUCACCAGGAUUUUGGAUGACUGCUUGCUGAGCGACUCAGAGUUGGAAGAGUUUCGUCAAAGUACGCUAGACACACAUCCGCCAGACACAUAUUUCGGCAUUGAAGGUUUGCUGCGCCAAAUGGGUGAAGACCCUGAGACAUUUGGCAGAGGAAACGCAGGUGAUGAGGACACAAUAGAUGUAUCUCCUCAUGCAGAAGACGUCCAAAAAGACUCUUGACCUUGCUGCAAUAGAAUGAAAA